AUGCCGAUUCGGCCUACCAAACGCCAUCGUGACGGACAACGGCAAGCAAUUCGACUGCUCACGGUUUCGGCAUCUCUGCUCACGGUUUCAGCAUCUUCUUUGCAUCUCCGGCACAUCCGCAAUCCAAUGGGCAAGUACAACAAGAUCAUCAAGAAAACAUUGAGGAAGAAACUGGGAGCCGCCAAGGGCAAUUGGCCUGCCAUACUACCAGAAGCACUAUGGGCCAUCAACACCUCCUACCGAAGGUCAACUAGUGAAGCUGUUGUACCAGUAGAGGUACAUGCACCCACAUGCCGAACAACAUCUUACGACCCUUAG